AUGCUUUUAAAUUUCAUUAUUUUCAUUAAAAUAGCUUAUUAUUCCUCAGAAGCAGAUACUCUUAUCAUUCCAGAUGGAACCAUUCAGAUAAAUUACAGUCAAUUUGCUAAUAGGGGAGAUUUCAUAGCAAUUACUUUUCCAAAAUCGUUAAAAUCCAUUGGUGAUUAUUCAUUUUAUAACUGUACAAGUUUGCAAAGCCUUGACUUACCUCCAAACUUAGAAAUUAUUUCAGAACAUUCAUUUGAAUUUUGCACUAAUUUAAAAGUAGUUACAUUUCGUUCAACACAUACAACUAUUUCAGAAUAUUCGUUCUAUAAGUGUACCAAUCUUGAAACAAUAACUUUUCCUUCUUCGAUUUCAGAAAUAAAAAAUUACACUUUUUUCAAUUGUAUAAAUCUAGGUCAUAUAACUUUUCCAAAUACAAUUAGUCAAAUCGGAGCUGAAGCAUUUUUUGAUUGUUCAAAGCUAACGUUUGAUUCUUUACCAGCAUCAUUAUUGGUGAUUGAAUCUUGUGCAUUUCAAUCAUGUAAUAGUAUUGAAAGCAUUGAAAUUCCAGAAAAACUAAUAAAUAUUUCAGAUCAAUCAUUUGCAUACUGUAAAAAAUUGAAAAGAGUAAUAUUCAAAUCCAGAAAAUUCGAAAUUCCUAAUCAUUUAUUUAUAUAUUGUAAACAUCUUGAAACAAUUCAACUAUCUUCAUCUUUGAAAGCGAUUGACAUAUACGCUUUUUACGAGUGCGUUGAUCUCGGUAAAAUAUCACUCCCAGAUACAAUACAGAAAAUACAAAGCUAUGCAUUUUACAAUUGCCAUAAAUUAACAUUUGAUUCAUUACCAACAGACCUUAAAUUUAUACAUGAAGGAUCAUUUUGUAAUUGUAACAAAAUAACCAAUUUAACUUUUCCAACAUGCUUAGUUUCGGUUGGUAAAUACUGUUUUGCAAAUUGCGCUCUUUUAGAAAGAAUAGAGUUUUUAUAUACUACAAUAGAACACAAUGCAUUUUCGAUGUGUCAUAAACUAUUUGAAGUUAAACUCCCUUCAAAUCUUAAAGUAAUUAAUGAAUUCACAUUUAAAGAAGAUAUUUCAUUGAAAUCGAUUUAUAUUCCAGAAUCAGUUUAUCAAAUUGGACAAGGAGCUUUUCGAGAUUGUAUUAAUUUGAUCGACAUUAAUCUUCCAAAGGGUCUCAAUAAAACCGAAAAAUACGCAUUCACAAACUGUUCUUCAUUAGAAAAAUCAGAUUUCCAGAGAGUUUGGUCAUUAUUGAAGAACAUGCAUUAG